CAUACUAUAUUUUCAUUAUUAUACAUUAAAGAGAAAACUGAACAACUUUAAUAGUUAUGGAUAAAUUGAAACUAGCUUCCGGAGAUAAUAAUAUCCUUAUUAAGUCUACGGAUUAUACAUCAUUAGAUGAAUCCAUUGUUGAAAAAUCACCCGAUGUUAUUGAAACACACGUAGAACAGUUAGACAACUCUAUACGAACGAUUGAUGACAGUGAAUUAAAACUAAAAGAAAGAAUCGCACAAUGUAAGGAUAUACUAACUUCCUUAAAGCUAGAACUCAAUGAAGAGAAAAUGAAACUAUCUAAAGAAGCAAAAAAUACAUUACCACAUUGUGUUGAGCCUUUGUCAAAAGUAUCGUAUAUUAACAAUAAUGAUGAACAAACGGUAGAAGAAAUUGAUAAUUUAUUGCUUACCACAAAUAAAUAUACAGCUUCUGUAGAUAGUAAGCUUAAUUGUGAUGAAAAUUUAUUGGAAUACGAAAGACAAUUACAAAAGUAUCAAAAUACACUUAAUAUGGCUCAGAUUGAAAAGAAAAAUGCCAUUAGAAAACAAAUGUUGGCGAAAGCUUUUAAAUUAAAACUUUUAGAAGUUGAAAAUCAAUGUAAUAUUGAGCUUAUACGAAUAAAGCAAAGCAUGCAAUGUUUGGAACCGUUGAAGUUAAUUAUAGAAAAAUGGAAGAGUAAAAACAAUGACAAUAUUUAUGAUACAUUUGAGUUAAUUCCUAGAUAUCCUGAACUUGGCACACCUUCCGGAAGCGACGCCUCUAGUAUUUCUAAUGUUGAUGAUUGUGAUAACAAAUUACGAAUUUAAGUUGUAAUGUGUUAAUAAGCGACAUUUUGUAUUGUUAUGUAAAAUUUUCAGUU